AUGAUAUGCAUUGAAUGUGCUCAACCAGCAGAUUGCCUCUUCACAGUAUACUCUAACAAGCACAUCCAAUUGACAGAUUGUUUACACUGUCAAAAAGUGGUUGACCGUUAUGUGGAAUUUGACAAUGUGCUUCUGUUCAUAGAUCUACUUCUAUUGAAAUCAGGAGCCUACAGACACCUUGUAUAUAAUUCAUUGGAUCACAAAUUGUCACUAUAUGUCGAAUCUAAACCACCAGAAAAUGGUUCGUUACAAUGGUUAAGAUCAUGGUUCCAUGCAAUAAAGAAUUGGUUGGUAAAAUUUGAUAAAUUGAAUAGAGUAUGGCUCCUUUUGAUCGCAUUUGAGAUUUAUUUGACUUGGGUUAUUGAGGAAAGAAGUUUUACUGUGGAUUUCCAAUUAAAUGAAUAUGAUGGAAUUAUUGGUAACAAUCCUAUAAUGGAGAGAGUGUUCUCGUGGAAUCCAUUGAAUCAAUAUCUUUACUUCACGAUUUACUGCGUAUUUGAUAUUUGGAUAGUUCAUAAUCUGACUCGAUUCUUCAUCAUGAAUUGGAUCCAUUGGGGCCAGGAAGUGCGAAACGCUAAGGAUGUUUUAUCAUACGCCAUUCUACUGUCUUAUGGUGCCAAAAUUUUCCCCAUAUUGAUGCUUAUUUGGCCAUACGAUACAGUAUUUUCCAUGAAUAUAAUAAAAUGUGUGGCUAAUCUGUAUAUAAUCGAAUCCCUCAAAGCCAUUACCAAUUUGCCAUAUAGCUGGAUUCUACAAGUAUCAGCCGUAGUAUGGAUACUAAGAUGGGUACUAGUCAAUUUUGUGAUGACAGUACUCGUUGCAGGUGGCGAUUGGCAAUUUAUGAAGGAAAGCUUCGUAAAUUCGGCGACUAUUUAUGGUGCCCUUACGUUGAAAUUAUUCAUGACAAACGCUUAA